GGCCCUUGUAGUGAUUUUGUAUGCAGGCUUCGCCGAGCCGACCACGGCACGGUGGGGGGGCUGCUGGUACCCCUCGAAGGGGAGUGGGUGUAACCUCCAAAAAGCAUCCUCCAUCCGUCGACGCAAGUCCGCACGCCGCGGCCCUUUCGAUUGCGCUCAAACCCACAGACAAACCCGUGGCCCAUUUCCCCCCGAGUUUUUACACCACGGUCGUCAAGGAGUACGCGACCAAGUACCUAGAGCAGAUGCACGCCCUGCCUACACCGGAAAACAUAGCGAUGGUGAUUGCCAACAUGCCCCUGCAAAAGUGCCGAGUGUCAGCUGCGUGGAAGUCCCGCGGGUGCCUGUCGGACGUGCUGACCAUCGACGCUCGUUGGCCUCGGUCAACUCCCGACCCAUCGGAUUCGAUCGACGCCACGGACAUGCCGUUGCCAACUCUAAGCUCCAAAUCGAAGCCCAUAACAAACAUCACAACCAAACAACAUCAUGCCACCAACGACGUCCAUAGCGACUUUGUGGGGCCAGUAUUUGGAACAGACUUGGACAAAAACUACUGCGUCGAACAUGUUCAGUGGUCGUUCAACGAUUUGAAACACCGUUAUGUGUACCCGUUCAACCAAAUCUACAAAGUACCGAUUGGAAAAGACGUCGACGGGUACCCCAAGGCACGAGCCAUCACGUUUUCCCUCGUCCCGGACCGCCGGAUCUACAAACCGUCGCCAUCCGCCCUUGACGAGCUCAUGCUGCCACCCUCGACGCUGACAUUCGACAUCAUUUCUCAGCUCCAAACAACGUUUUUCAACGUUGUUCCAUUUGACAUGGUCGAAAUUCCCGAUCCCAAGGACCAACACCUCCUUCGCCAGCACUUGACAUGCCCCACGACUUUGCAUCUCGUGGGCUUCCUCGCGCAUUACUUGUACUGGACGGUCCUGCGUCCGCUCGCCACGUAUUGCGCAGCUAUUCAAUCCGCAUCCAUGAGCUCCCCCAACCAAGAUCCCCCGCCAUCAGCCGCUACGUCCGCCCCACCCAAACGCCCCCCAUCCCAUCAUCAUCUCCCCCCCGCGUCUCAAGCCCCUCCCCCCGCACCCACACUGACCCCCACCGACAUUGAGCAGCUGCUCGUAUCCACGACAGAAUCAUUCGCCUCGAUCAAAUCGUCGUUGGCCGCCAGCAUUCCCAUCACGACCACACGACCAACGCCACCGCUGCUGCCUCUGUUUGUGUUGUCGCUGCGGGUGACCAUAGACACCAUCUUUCGCACGACGUACCCCAAAUGGAUGGACGAGAACUCGUUGCGUAUCGAGCCGACGCUGCUAGCGCUGAGCCAUGUUGUGGAUCAGUUGUUGGACCCCCACGGGUAUUACGAUCGCAUAGGACCGUUGGAAGCGUCGGCAGAUGCCAUCAACUUUACGAAAACGCAAGCGUUUAAGAUGCAGAAACGAGGGGGGCCGAGGCUCCGCGAGUCUUUCUUUGCCACAUCGACCACCAUGCAGUCCAUCAUGCCCACGCCGUCGUCGGGGGGGCCGCGCCGCCUGCUCCUCGAAGGCGGCGGCGGAAGGUACCAUAGGAACCACCCGCAAAAGCCGUCGACGUCCCCGACGAAGGAAGGCCAGUCAUUUUUAUCCGUGGGAAACCGGCUAAAGCUGCUCAAACUUCGGGAACACAGGGGGUCAUCUGCAUAAGGAACACUGUUACCUGUAAUGGCUAGUAAUACCAGUUGAUUGUAUGUACACCG